AUGGGCAAGUUGGCUUCCCCCUGUCUCUCCCAACCAGCUUAUAUAAAUUUCGAAACGCCUCCUUAAUUAUCCAUCAUCCACAGCAACGCCCACCUGCCUUCCUUUCUCUUUCUCUCCUUAUCUCCUCCUUUCCCACUUUCAUGUCCCACUUUUCUCCUACUCUUCUAGUUCUCCCAGACAAAACCCUCAGUCUUUUUUCUCCUAUAUAUAUUUGCUUUCAUGGGUAGAAGAGAAGCAAGCUUCUUUCGAGCUACUUAAUACAAAAAAUCUGUUCUUUUUUUUGGGUUCUUUCUUCUUAUUUUUACGUUAGCUUAUGAGCAGGAUGACACGUUCUUUGAGAAUUCUGUCGACGGUGGCGGCUCCACCGCCAGAGGGCGUGCCCCUGGAGUCUGAUUUUGUGGUGAUAUUAGCUGCUCUUCUCUGUGCAUUGAUAUGCGUGGUGGGUUUAAUUGCGGUGGCGAGAUGUGCGUGUUUCCGCCGCCGGGGUAGUGUCGGCACUAAUCAGAACAACAGCGCCGCCGCUCGGGGUUCGGCCAACAGAGGUCUCAAGAAGAAGAUCCUUCAAUCCAUCCCCAAGUUCACGUACACCAAGGACAGCGGUGGAAUUGCAAAGUUUGCUUCAGUGGAGUGUGCGAUUUGCUUGGGGGAGUUCGUGGAAGGGGAUGUGAUUAGGGUGUUGCCCCAGUGCGGCCAUGGCUUCCAUGUCCUCUGCAUCGACACCUGGCUGGGGUCUCACUCCUCCUGUCCCUCAUGCCGCCAGAUUCUGGUAGUGGCCAGAUGUCAGAAAUGCGGCCAGUUUCCGGCUGUCUCCUCCGGGAAUGCUUCUGGGUCCAUUAAUGAGGCACAAAUCAAAGCAAGAGAAGAUACUUCCAUUCUUCCUGCUAAUGGAACUAAUAAUACUUUCCUGCCUUAACAUCAAUCAGUCUAGCUUCUUCUGCUUCCUUUUUGUUUCUGUAAAAAGAGCAUCUUUUAGUGAUUUUUCUCUACUUCUGAAUGUAAUUCUUGGGCAGCACCGCAGCAGUUUGAGAUAAUUCCGGUUGGUAGCCAAGAAAAUGAGGGAAAAUGAAGAGAUCUGUUUUUAACAACUGUUGCUGUAAAGUUCAGGAACCAAAAGAGGAUCACUUUAUUCUUGAAGGGUGUUUGAUUCCUGCUUUGCAAAAUUGUAAAAGGGCAAACGAUUCCCACUUUGAAUGACCUCCAACACUUGGGUUUCGACCACCAAAAUAAUUCAACCUUUUUCUUUUGAUUCUCCCAAAAUAUGCUGCUCCUGCUACCAUCUGAACCAAACAAUACCAGGAAGAAGAUGGAAUUUCCCUCUUUAUUCCAUAACGCCUAAUCCUGGUCA